AUGGCUGUAGCACUUUUGGCUGUCCAUUGUUUACUUUCAAAGGAUGAAAUACAUUUACUUCAUACUUACCUAGAUUUGAGAGUAGCUCACCACAGAUCUGAUAUCAUUCUGAUGCGUUGGUGCCGUGCAUCAGUUGAAAUCCUCCUCAGCAGCACCUUCGUCAACAACAGCACAGAAACCAUCAACCAGCAGGCCAUGGACCAGCUGCUCUGUGUGACAGAACUGGCUGAUCUAAUCAAAUCAAAGUUAUCCCCUAAUCAGAGUGAUAAAGAUGACUCAGCUAACUUUUUAGGCUUCUUUCACACUUUUGUGUGGACUCUGAGAGAUUUUUUCCUCGAGCUGGAAGUUAAUGGAAGAUCUAUCACUCCUGAUGAGCACCUGGAGAGUUCACUGGUUUGGAGACCAGGUCUAAAAAUCGUAGUGGAGAACUAUGUUGGUGCCAUCUGCAGUGGAGAACCUCCCUGCAUGGAGAGUGGUGUCCUGACUUUGGCUCAGAUAGAGAACUCAUCAGCAUUGCAAAAGGCUAUAACCUACUAUGAAGAAAAGAUGAGCCAGAAGGUCCAUAUGUUCAUUGUUUCCCUAAAGGACCUGCUGGAUCAGCACCGGACCUGUAAAAGUAAGGCCACUGAGGUCUUCAUGAAGAAUUCUUUCAAGGAUGUAGACCUAAAGUUCCAGAAGAAAUUAGGGGAACAGGAAAAACUUCUCCAGGAUGGAUUCAAGAAUGAGAGCAAAAAACUAUAUGAAGAGUAGAGGAAAUCAAGAACAUGUUAUCUCUACAGUGUAAAAUUCUUUAAAAUUCAAACAGACUAAUGUUCUCUACCCUGGUCCAACUCAAUAGGAAUAAACUUCAGGGAACACUUUGGAUUGUGAAACAGCUUGGCAUUGAACUAGGCUUGAAUAUGACAGUUUAUUGGGAAGAACUUAGAAAUAAAGAUAACAAAGUGGAGUUAACAUGUAAAAAGAAAGUUUGGCUUAUGAAAUAAAUAAUUCAGUUCUUAUUUGUGUUAGAACUAAAGAUUCAUAUGAUCUUUAAUUGGGUCUUAUAUUUGAAAUUGUAAACAUGGACUCUGUAUACAUACUAAAUUGUAUUCUUGGGAUUUGUUUUUCCCACACAGUGAUAUGGCAGCUGCCUUUGGGUAGACCUUUUUGUAUCACAUACACACCCUUCUGGAUAUCCUUAGUCAUGUGCUCUUAACUAAUUCAAAGAGAUUGCUUUGCCCUAAGCUGAGACUGGCAUGUUGUAAACAUGUUGAAAAUCUGAAUAUAACCAUAUGAUACAGCUCCUUGGGUCUCAUGCUGUCUUCAGACUUUGGUUCCCAGGAUAGACAUUGGGCAGUGCUCAGUGUGGGAAGGCUCUAUGGCUGCUCCAUGAGCAGAGAAGCCCAUUGAAGAGUGGGAGAAAAAUCCCCUCCAGGCAGAAUGCACCUGUGAGUGGGAGCUACCCCUCCCCUUUAGAGAACUUGCUUUGUUUCAUGCUUCAGCUUUCUGUUUCCUU